GCGGGAUGGAUAGUGGGCCUGGAGCAAAGUGAGGACUUUCCAGGCAGGGCGUACCUAGACAGUGUCCGGUACCUCCUGGUCUCUGGGAACUGGCGGGUGCCUCAGUGCCCUGUUUUGUGUUUAGUGCUGGGGAUGAAACCCAAGGUCUCGCACGUACUAAGGAAGCACUCUUCUAUUGAGCUACAUUCCCAACCGUUUCUAUUGUUUUAUUUUUGAGACAGUGGCCCAGGUUGUUCUCAAAUUUAGGAUCCUCGUGCCUCAGCCUCCCGAGUAGCUGGGAUCACAGGCGUGUGCCACCGCGCCCAGCAUUUCAUCAUGCCCACCACCUCACUGGUGUAAAAGGCUGAGCGUGAACCUAAUGAACGUCGGUUAAUUGGUUAACUUGGUCCUGGCAGAAACCUUCAAAGGCUUGAUAUGCAUCAGGGUCAGAGAAGAAAAAGAGUGGUAAAGAAUUACUUUCAAAACCGCGAAUUUUCAUUCACAUUGAAAGAUGACAUUUACAUUCGCUACCAAUCCUUCAACAAUCAGAGUGAUCUGGAAAAGGAAAUACAGAAAAUGAAUCCAUACAAGAUUGAUAUAGGCGCAGUAUAUUCCCACAGACCCAGUCAACACAAUGCAGUGAAGCUGGGAGCCUUCCAGGCUCAGGAGAAAGAACUGGUGUUUGACAUUGACAUGACAGACUAUGAUGAUGUGAGAAGAUGCUGUGGCUCUGCAGACAUAUGCUCCAAGUGCUGGACUCUCAUGACAAUGGCCAUACGCAUCAUUGACCGAGCACUGAAGGAGGACUUUGGAUUUAAGCAUCGUCUGUGGGUUUUUUCUGGAAGGAGAGGUGUUCAUUGUUGGGUCUGUGAUGAAUCAGUUAGGAAAUUGUCCUCAACAGUACGUUCUGGUAUAGUUGAGUAUUUGAGUCUUGUAAAGGGUGGCCAGGAUGUUAAAAAGAAAGUUCAUCUAAGUGAAAAAAUUCACCCUUUUGUCAGAAGAUCUAUAAACAUAAUUAAAAAAUACUUUGAAGAAUAUGCCUUGGUUGAUCAAGAUAUUCUUGAAAAUAAAGAAAGCUGGGAUAAGAUUUUAGCCCUUCUUCCUGAGACAAUUCACGAAGAACUCCAAACAUGCUUCCAGAGGUCUCAGAGCUCACUUCAGCGUUGGGAGCAUCUGAGAAGAAUAACCAGCACAAGUCAGAAUAUCAAAAAUGACAAGUGUGGACCCUGGCUGGAGUGGGAGAUUAUGCUGCAAUACUGUUUUCCACGGCUGGAUAUUAAUGUUAGCAAAGGAAUCAAUCAUUUACUGAAGAGCCCUUUUAGUGUUCAUCCUAAAACAGGUCGCAUUUCUGUGCCUAUUGAUUUACAGAAAGUAGAUCAAUUUGACCCCUUUACUGUUCCAACAAUAAGCUCCAUUUGCCAUGAAUUGGAUGUCAUUUCCACUAAUGAAAACGAAAUAGCGGAGAAUGAAGCUGAAUCUGAUAUCAAACACAGAACCAAAGAUUAUAAGAAGACCAGUCUAGCACCUUAUGUGAAAGUAUUUGAACGUUUUCUUGAAAACCUGGAUAAAUCCCGAAAAGGAGAACUUCUCAAGAAGAGUGAUUUACAAAAAGAUUUCUAAAGAUAACAACUCCCCUCAAACCAGUGUGGAUAUCUUCUACAUUCAACCAAGGAUCAAAUACUUCAAGAUUCAUAUAAUAAAUAUGAUAGAAGCAUGUAUGCAUCUUAGUGCUUGAAGCAGAAUUUCCUUUUUUUUACUAAAACAACUUUAUUAAACUAAAAAUUUGCACACUACACAAUUUGCAAACUUAAAGUGUAAAAUUCAGUAGAUUUUAGCACAUUGACAGAAUUGUAUAACUCUAACCUCAGUCAAAUUUGGGUCACUUUUGUGUGAUAGGUGUGUGCCACCAUGUCAAGCUUCAGACCUGCCAAUUUAUAAAGAAAUCCAAGAACAGAUGUGGUAGGACAUUCCUAUGAUCCCAGCACUCUGAGAGGCUAAGGCCCGAGGAUCCAGAGUUUAGGCUAGACUGAGCUACAUAGUGACAACCCUGUCUCCAAAACAGACAAAAAGAAAGCUGAGUGUGGUAGUGCACAUCUGUGA